AUGGUGUUCACGUCCUUGAGAGGAGGAAGUGAGAGAAUGGUUACAGAUCUACCUAUUAUGUAUGAGUCUCCUGAAGUGUUCCCAUAUGACAUUAGUGAUAUUCUGUCGGUGCGUGAAGUCAAGUUCGCCAUAGACUUAGUACCUGGUACUAGUCCUGUGUUGAUGGCGCCGUAUAUAAUGCUUGCUUCAGAGCUGAGAGAGCUAAAGAAACAUUUAGAGGAUCUACUUGAGAAAAAAUUCAUUCGUGUGAAGUCAGACGAUAUUCCGAAGACUGCAUUCAGAAUGAGAUAUGGUCACUAUAAGUAUUCACUGAUUCCGUUUUGUGUGUCCAAUGCGCCUAGAGUGUUCAUGGAUGGUGGUAUCACAAUGGAUCCAUCGAAGAUAGAUGUAGUGUUGCAAUGGCAAUCUCCAAAGUGUGCUACUAAGAUUAGAAGUUUUCUGGGUUUGGCUGGUUACUACAGAAGAUACUUGUGUCCUGAACCCUAUCCGGAGGAGAAUUUGGAGUUUCUUAAAUCACAGAAUAUUCGUCUACUUCAAUUUGGAAUUGAGGGGAAAACGGAAGUUUCUUUACCUAUUCUCAGUGAUUCUAUUAUGGAGGCUUUGAAAAUUUUACUUGAUGUGAGAAAUCACCCUGUUUUGAUUCAUUGCAAACGAGGAAAGCAUAGAACAGGUUGUGUAGUUGGUUGUUUCAGAAAGAUGCAGAACUGGUGUCUGUCUUCUGUGUUUGAGGAGUACCAGCGCUAUGCUGGUGCUAAAUCCAGGACAACGAAUUUAACAUUUAUAGAGAUGUUUGACAUCAUAAAUCUUAGGCAGUGCCUCUACAGCAUCAUCUACCAGUAUCAAGGUGCUUCAAAGAAGCGCAAAUUGAUGUAUCAAGGCGAGACUACGCAGAAGCCACCCCGUUUGACAUCGUUUUAGCUGCUGCACUGGCUAUCAACUCCAUUUUUGGAUUUGGUAGAGAACUCAUACUUCAAAGUAAUUUUUUGGAGUCUUUGAACAUAUAUCCUUAGGGUUUUUAAAGAUCUUUUGAGUACUGCUAUUGA